CUGCGUAAGCAUUUUCCUUUUCGCGGAAAAGACCGCCCACUUUACAAAAAUGUAAUGCGCCGCACCGGUGCACCAAUGGAAUUCAUUACAUAGUAGCUUUUUCCUCUUUACUGAUAUCUUCCUUCCCCCUACCAUUUCUCCUUGACUUUCUCAGUUUCUCUUUAUCUUCUUGUCAGUAUUUAUGCGAAGAGUCUCUCCAUCUCUCACUCUUCAUCAGUUCUUCUCACUUCUGUGCUAUCCAUAUACUAUAUAACUGUAAGUCACCAUCGAAGAAUGUUGAAGAAAUCUUCAUCAGGAAAGAGAUCAGAGCUAUUAUAAUAUUUAUAUUUGAAAUUCAAGAGUGGAAUAUCAAGCUUAUUCACGAAAUAAAAUCUUAUUCAUUGUGCUGCUCUACUGCUAGGCACACACACACGCACUCACUCACUCAGCACUUUUUUGAUACAUAAACGUUGAUGGAAGGAGAUUCAGUCCUCUGAUGAUGGCAGCAGCAACUACUAGUCUAUAUUUGCCACAGCAUUGGACACCGCAGCCAACAGAUCAUAGGAAUUUAGAGUCUCCGGUCCUCAGCAACACACCCGGUCUUUCUUCUCCCCUUCGCUCACUCUCUCUUUCCCAACCCAACGGUCUUCUCAACUCUCCUCAGCUGCCUAAUCCUUUCUCUCUCCACCAGCCUCCUCCUUCGCCUUCUCCUUCACCGUCCCCACUAAAGCAGACCACCACUGUCCCUCUGCCAGUAAAGAGGACGAGAAGAAAAAGAUGUGGACAGUGUCCUGGCUGUCUCAAAACAGACAACUGUGGCCGAUGCGUCGUUUGUACAAACCCAAACACCACCAAUUCAGUUUGCAAGGAAAGAAGAUGUGACCUUCUCACACAAAGACCGAGGAGCAGCAGUGUGACUAUAAGUGGACUUACCCCAACCACUGAGUACAGUACUUCUACACCAACUCCAGUUGUUGGGACUGAAAAGCCUUUUCCUCCUCUUUCUUCUCAACCUGUUGUCAUGAGCAACAGCAGCAGAGUCUUCAGAGAGGAGCUACAUGUAUUCAAUGACAGAUUCUGUCCUCCUACCAAAAAGAAGAAGAGAACUGGAGCAAGUAAGAAGAGCAGAGAGCCACCUCCUUGUGGCUGCCCUGGGUCGGACGAUGGGAUAUUCUAUACUCACCUUGGUGCCGGGUCUACGCCAGAGACAUUGAGAGAGACAUUGGAAAAGAGGUUUAAUGUAACUGGUAUCGAACUCCGGAUGCUCGAGAUCACAUAUACUGGCAUUGAAGCAAAGACAUCAGAAGGUUGUCCAACUGCUGAAUGGGUUGUUAGAAGGAAAUCAAAAGAGGAGAAGUUCCUGGUACUGUACAGGCACCAUAUUGGACACAGUUGUGAUGAGCAGUAUACCGUGGUUAGUAUCGUCUAUUGGGACGCACUCACUCCUGAGAGAGCUGGGUACACGUACAACAAACUGGUUGAGAUACUGCCUCAGAAUGGGUUCCCCACACCUAGGAAAUGUGAAUUUAAUGACAGUAAAACUUGCUCCUGUCAAGGGGAUGAUAAAACUGUUCAUGGAGCCUCUUACUCCUUUGGAUGCUCAUGGAGUGUGUACUAUGAUGGCUGUAAGUUUGGGAAAAGCAAGAUCCCACGUAAAUUCAAACUACAAGUACCAGAGAAGGAGCCUGAGCUAGAAGGUAAUGUUGAUGAGCUAGCUACAUACCUUGCUCCAUUGUAUAAGAGACUGGCACCCAAAGCUUACUCAAAUCAAGUAGCUACACAGGCUUCAGGAGAAGAGUGCAGGAUUGGCCUAGGACCAGAAAAACCAUUUUCAGGAAUGACUUGCUGUAUGGACUACUGUGCCCACAGUCAUUAUGAUAAACACAACAUGCCUGAUGGAGGAGCAACCGUGGUUGUGACUAUACUAAAAGAAGGUGUGUAUCCUGAUCAAUAUGUUAAAGAGGACACCGGAGAGCAGAUCCAUUGUCUUCCCCUCUAUAGACUCAAGGAUCCUCCUCCUCAGUCAGUCCCGGGAGUUGAAGUGAGGCCAGUACAAGUUGAACUACCACCGCCAGUCACUGUACAACCGGUCCUAGCUCCACCGCCCACUCAAAACCAUUUCAAACUGGAAUCACCUCUGAAUACCAUGAUACCGCCAUCAGAUGUAAAGAGGGAGAGAGGGGAGGAGGGGCCAAGGAAUAACAAUAAUCCGUUCUCCAUUAACUCUAUACUUGGUGGUGAUACGCCCACUCAGCUGUUGAUUAAAAGAGAGAUGAAUCAAGAGGAAGAGCUCAAAACAGAAUCAUUCUCCUCUUCCAUAACAUUCCGUAGCUCUACCCCCACUCCAGUUGACACCCCUACCAAAAACGAUGGUCGUUAUAGCAACGGUUUUCAUGGAAACGGUCCGAUUGGGCUCACUUUCGGAGACUACAAAAACGGAGCUUUGCCACGUCCUUUAGACACGCCCCCUCGUCCCCUGGCGCUAAUAGCAACAGACAGUUCCACCGACUCUGAUAGCGACUGCUACAUAGUGAGUGACUCUCCCGAUACACGCCCACCAUCCUGCGAGCAGCCGAUGGAGGAGGGGGCACAUGGAGCCUCGUCAGCUGUUCCUCCUCAUCCUCAAAGAAACGGUUUCAUCAAUCACUUCACUCAUCCUCUUAACAAGCUGAACGGACCAGUGACCACACCUCCUAAAUUAGGAGCCACACCCCCAGCGUUUGGUAGUGGACCUAUUUUAUAUCCAACCGGAAUGAAUGAUUCCUUCUCUCAUCCCUUUGACUCGAUAUUAACAUCAGAUAUCCCAACGACUAAUAAUAAUAACAAUAUCGAUGCAAACCCCGCCUCCUCUACUCUGCCAGUGGGUGGGGCUGCACUGCCCACUCAACCAGCCACUAACGAGCUAAACGGACCCAAUAAGUUCCAGCUACAGGCUCCGCCCGUCCCAGUCAAGAGGAACGAGAGGGUCUAUGCUGUAUCAGGUGGUAUUGCUCUGGCAUUGAGUCACGGCUCAAUCCUGAUAGAGUGUGCUAAGAAGGAGCUUCAUGCCACAACAGCAAUCAAGAGACCAAACAGACAUCUCCCGACAAGACUGAGCAUGGUCUUCUAUCAGCACAAGAAACUGAGGAGUCGCUAUCACGGAUACUUUGAGGAGGUUGAGAAACAGAAGAAACGCCAGGAGGAACAGCUCCAGCGUAAGCUCCUCAACGAAGCCAUAGCCGGAACACAGAAUGGAUACCGGACUCCACUGAGCAACAGUAUAGGACACAUAGUACAGUCUCCUUGUUCUAAAAUACCACCGACUUUCAGAGCAGGGAUGAGACAGAACUCGGUCAAUCUCUCCCGCCUCAUGGGAGACUCAGAGGAAGAAGAAGAGGAUCCCGAUGACUACUUCUACUCUUUGAUAUCCUGCAGUGAGAGCGAGAGUGAAGACGAAGUUGAAGACGACAUCACUCCUGCCUUCCCUACCUUCUCAACCACUCCCACCAACGGUCAACACGUUGCCCAUUCUCCCUCCUCUUCCUCCUCCUCCUCCUCCUCUUCUUCCAAUCAAGUCAUUUCUUUCAAGGUCCCCAAACCCGAGAAGCUCAGCGAAAUGGAGUGCCCGUUUUACAUAGAGUAUCCCAUAUACGUACUCCCGGCAUUCGAGCGUGUGUAUCGCGAGUACAUUCCGUGUCCUAUACAAAGGAUAAGUGAGGGCUCCACUAACACUCUCUCUUACAGCCGGUGCAGAUCGAUCGACAUGAUGUCUGGGAACUACUCGAAUUUGAACGUGAGGGAGAAAAGCUUGAAAGAAAAGAAAGAGGAUGAAGAGAGUUCGGGGAAGGAAGUAGCUCUUCCUAAUGCGUUCCCUUCUUAACGGGUUCCCUUGGUAGGGAGAGAUAAAUUCAUGUGACUUCUCUCUCUCUUUCUCUCUCACCCUCUUUCUCUCUGCUUUUCUCUGUAAAAUAUUGAAACUUAGACUUUUUAUUAAAAUAUGAAACAAUGUAGAAAGAUAAUUUAUUAUUAUUAUUAUUAUUAUUAUUAUUAUUAUUAUU